ACUGCAGAUACUAACUGUAUAUCAUCACUUAACUGGAUUUAACAGACGUGUUAAACUCCCGAUAAUGGCUUGCUCACUGUGGACUGCUGUCUUCAUCUCAGUGACACUCUGUGUGCUGCAGCAAGGGUUUGGAUAUCCACUAUCCGAUCAGUCCGAAGCAUCAAGCAAUCCACCUGCUCUCAAACGGGUCCGUACCAAACGCUGCUCCUGUAGCAGCUGGUCAGACAACGAGUGCAUCUAUUUCUGCCAUUUGGACAUCAUCUGGGUCAACACACCGAAUAAGAUCGCUCCUUUCGGUCUGGGAAGCCCUCUGUCCCGUCGCCGGCGCUCCACGGGCCGCUGUGAAUGCGCCAAUCCCGCCGACCGGACCUGCUCCAGUUUCUGUCGCAGCAGUUCAGAAAAUCCAGAUAUGGAGAUCGUGACCCAGUUUGAUGACCGGUCAAAUCAUCUUGGCAAAACUAGCGAUUAUUUACUGUCAUCUCUCAGGAAGGCGAGUAAAUACAACUUUGUGACAGCCUCACGAUCGGCUUCAACCAAGAAGAAAUCCAGACUCAGGAAUCUCUCGAUCAGUUAGAGAGAGAUGAGGUGACGGUCGUCUGAUGGAGCGCCUGAGCAAAGUACCAGAUGAAGAGGAUCUGCCUCAUGAGAGGAGGAUGGAUUGACUGAAUUCAAGACUGCCGAGGCACAAACCCUCAGGUACUUCAGCUGAACAGGAGCAGAACGGUCCUAGUAAACGAUGAUUUAGGUGGUGAAAAGAAGAACAGAUCACCUUCUGCACCAGUGAAAUGGUGACAUUUCCAAACGAGUGAGUUAAAAACAGCAGAAGUACUGCAAACAACAUUUAAGUUUGUCAUCUUCGAAGCUAUGGUGGGGAAAAAUGAAAGACAAUUAAAAAUGAAACCCCUUUACCCCUGCCUGAUACUGUAUAAUCUCUAUUCCUGA